AUGAUUACUAGUAGUUGCUUCUACAUUCUUUUGGUUUGGUCUGCUACUUCUUCAUUAGCCACGGAGAAAAACUGUUCGGAAGAAUCAUCAAACAAAUCUACCGAAAGUCCUUGCUUAUGGAUGAUGAUAAAACAAAUUGUCAGUAUAGAAAACCGGUUUAACGAAUUCAUGAAUAUCAGUAAUCAUAAUAAAAUAGCAAUAAACAAAAUCGUAGGAAAGCUAGAGAAAGAUGAAGACAUUAAAACGAAAGUCAAAAGUUUGGAGGAUUGCUGUAAAAAACAAAAGGCACAGAUAACAAGUUUAGCAUCGAAUGUUGGUACUCAAAAGAGAGAAUGCAGAAGUAUUCAAGCUAACCAAGCUGCAAUGAUCUCUUUACUUAAAGGGAAUCAGAAUAAAAUGAUGGGUAUGCAGUUGGAAAUAAAUAACUUGAAGAAAAAAAGUUUUUCAUGUCCCGACGACUGGGUGACUUUCUCGGGUCACUGUUAUUGGUUCGUGUAUAGAAAUGUGACAUGGAAUAUUGCAAAGAAAAACUGCCAACAAAAAGGUGGUUAUUUGGCAAAGGUUGACAGUGGAGCAGAGAACUCAUGGUUAAUUUCUAAACUGCAAGCUGAAGUAUGGAUAGGCCUGAACGAUAUCGAGACGGAAGGACAGUGGAGGUGGACGUCUGACAAUACUGGAAUAUCCAGUAGUUACUGGCAGUAUCCUGAGCCAAAUGGCGAAAGGACAGAAAACUGCGUGAACUUUUGCAAAAAGACAUGUCAACAGAAGGCUUAUGGAUGGAAUGAUCUCCCAUGUGACUAUCCAACAGGAUAUGUCUGUGAAAAACAACCUUAA